UGAUCCGCCCAUAAGUAUGUAGCGCAUGCGCGCUGUGUUCCACUCAGAGAAUCCAAUCCACACACAAGCGCAGAUAUGGCGGAUCUAUCUCUGGAUGAAGUGAUUCGUCAACGCAGUUUUAACGCCAGAGGAGUCAGUAAGAGGCCCAUGUAUGGCCGAGGGGCGGGGUCAGUGGGCGGGUCCUUCGACGCCCGUCAGAUGAUUGGCAGCGGUGACGUCAGGCAGCGGCUGGGAGUGGGCGGAGCUGCAGCAGUGUUUCAGGUGAAGGAUGCGCGAGAGAAGCUGGGACAGAAGGAUGCUCGGCUCCGGAUCCAGGGUCGAGGGGGAGGAGCCGGAGCCGUACAGGACGCGCGGCAGCUGAUAAACUCACGCAAGCAGCAGCAGGCUCUGCCUCCGAGCACCAUGGGAGUCUCUCACAUCAACAACACAACCCUGAGUGCUAGAGUGGGCGUGGCCCUGCAGCCAGGGGGCGGGGUCACAACAGUAGUGGAUGCGCGCGAUAGGUUGAGCUUAAAGAGGAACGUCCCGACGGCGUCCAAUCAGAGCGCAGCAUUUAUGAAGAUCACCAAAACCAUCCAGCAGAGGCCUGUGGGAAUGACCAGUGGUUUCCGCAUCAGUGGAGCCGCUCCGGUCAUGUCUGCUGCUCCUGAGGAGGAGGAUGGAGCUGUGAUUCCCAACAAACAGAUGAAGAUCAGUACAGCCAGCAACCUGCAGACACGGGCGGGGCCCAUCUCUCUCUCGACUCCCAUCACUAAGGUGGUGAAGAACGACUCUUACACUCCUCCUUCAGUCUCAGUGCCACCCGCUCGCCCCCCCACACAGAGCCUACAGCCUGUCUGCAGAACCACCGUCAGCACACACCAGACCAGCAGAGACACCAGCGGCCCCACACACACACCUGCACAGCCUGUCUCCAGUCCUCUGGAGGGCACAAAGAUCACGGUCAACAACCUUCACCCUCGAGUGACGGAGGAGGAUAUAGUGGAGCUGUUCUGUGUGUGCGGGGCGCUGAAGCGGGCUCGGCUGGUGAAGGCUGGCGUGGCUGAGGUGGUGUUUGUGCGUAAGGAGGAUGCAGUCAGCGCUUACAGGAAGUACAACAACCGCUGUCUGGACGGUCAGCCGAUGAAGUGUAACCUGCACAUGCAGGGCAGCGUGAUCACGUCAGAGCAGCCCAUCCUCCUGAGGCUGAGCGACUCGCCCGGCGCAGUGGCUCCAGCGCAGAAGGACUCGUCUCGCUCGGGCUCCAAGAUGUCUCCAGGGCCGGAGGUGGAUCCUCAGACCAUCCUGAAGGCUCUGUUCAAGUCGUCCGGUCAGAGCGGCUCCAGCGGAGCAGAGACCAGAGACCCUCACUCCACCGCCUUCCGCAUCAAGAUCUGACGCCUGUUUCCACGAGCGUCCACACUGCUUCACUUUUAACGCCUCUCUCUUUUCUUCAGUAAAGAUCCUUUAUAAUCA